UAGCGCUAGCUUUGAGUCAGUCAGCCUGUCAGUCUUUAUGUUGUUUGAGGUCUAACGAGGAUGUCAGAGCGAAAAUAGUCCGUGUCGGGGUUAUUCAAGGCUACUAAGAGUCAGGAGGGGAAAUAUCUGCAAGCCUAAAAACAGGAUGUUUCCCAGAGUGCUGUUGGCCUUCCUGUGGGGCGUCAGUGCUUUGGCCGCUGAAAACGACACAACCCAGCAGACUCUGCCGCUGCUGCUGGUGUCAUUUGACGGCUUCCGGGCCGACUACCUGGACAGGUUUCCCAUGCCUAAUCUGAAGCUCCUGUACAGCCAGGGGGUCCUGGUGGACCAACUCACCAACAUCUUCAUCACCAAAACAUUUCCCAACCACUACAGCCUGGUGACCGGUCUGUAUGCAGAGUCUCAUGGGAUCCUGGCCAGUAGCAUGUACGACCCCAUCAACCACAAGCACUUCACCCUCCAGAAUGACAGCGACCCCAUGUGGUGGAGCGCGGCUCAGCCACUGUGGCUCACGGCAAAGGACUCCGGCUACAAGACGGCGUCUGCCAUGUGGCCUGGCUCCGACGUGACCAACCGCACGCCUACGCACUUCUUCUCGUACAACCCAGGAGUGACGUUCCAGCAGCGCCUGGGGAAUGUGACAGACUGGAUAUUAGGAGACGGGAAGGAGCCAGGAGCGAUGUUCGCGACUCUUUACUGGGAGGAGCCGGACCGGUCGGGUCACGCGUUCGGUCCUGAAAACACCACAGCAAUGACUAAAGCACUAAAGGAGGUUGACGACAACAUCGGCCUGCUGAUGUCUGAGCUGAAGAAGAGCGGCCUCUGGGGUCGCAUCAACCUCAUAGUGACCAGCGACCACGGCAUGGCGCAGUGCUCAGCCGAUCGCCUCAUACGGUUGGACGACUGCCUCCACCCUGACAACUACACUCUGGUGGACCUGACGCCGGUCGCCGCUCUCAUCCCCAAAAAUGACUCAGAGAGCGUCUUCAGCUUGCUGAAUAAGUGCCAUCCUCACAUGACGGCGUACAUGAAGAAAUCCAUCCCCGAUAGGCUUCACUAUCGGAACAAUGUACGCAUCCAGCCAAUCUUACUAAUCGCUGACGAAGGCUGGACCAUAGUGAAGCGGGGGAAAAAGCUACCAAGAUUGGGUGAUCAUGGGUACGACAACUCGCUGCCAAGCAUGCUCCCCUUCCUGGCAGCGACGGGCCCCGGCUUCCAUCAAGGUCUCCGGUUGAAGAGUUUACAGAGCGUGGAUGUGUACCCGCUCAUGUGCCGGCUGCUGUCGGUGCCGGCGCAGCCCAACAACGGCUCUAUGACCAGGGCUCGGUGUCUGCUGGCUGGCGAGACCUGCUGGGAUGUGGCUUUGGUGAUCGGUCUGGUGGUGGGCGUCUUGCUGCUGCUCACUAUCAUCACUGUUCUUUUCAGGUGCAUGGGCACUCGUCACAGCUCAGACCCCAGGCCCUUCCAGAGGUUGGACUUUCUUUGUGACGAUGACGAACCUUUGAUCCCAUAAACCGCUGAGUGAUCUGCUUGUGCUUCUCUUAGUGCACCUUGUUUUGUUUUCUCCUCCCAUGUUGUUUUCACUUCGUCACAUACAAGGAGAAAUCCCUCAGGUUUGCUUCACUUGGUAUGAAGUGGUGUAAAAUCUGCUGUUACAGUGGAUACUGUUUGUUUGAUUUUGACAAUGUGAUAAAAGACAGUCCCAGAUGUACUUCAUUGACAUUUAUCAUUUUAGUCAUGGAGGUACAAAAAAGGGUUUUCAGGUUACUUUUAAUGUGGGUGCCAUUGAUUUGGGCAUGUGGGUUCUAUUUUUUGCCAGCAGAGGGAGCCAGUGGCUUAUGCUUAACCCUUGUCAGUUAAAAAAAAAGAUUUUUUUCAUUUGUUUUUUUAUUUUAUUUUAAAAGCAAUUGCACUAAAAGUUAAGAUAUGUGCAACUACUAAUGGUCUUCCUUGCUGAAAUCAAAUUUGCAUCGGGAUGGAGUUCUUUGCAAGUUAGUCAUAAAUGUAAUGCCAAAGAAGAUUUUGUCAUUGGCUUCCUUUCUGAAUUUUUGGUUAAAACUUGAUGAGGUUUGGUUCCCUUAAUAAGGGGCAGUGGACUGUUUUGCAGGGAUCAAAAACUGUGAAUUGUUGCUGCUGAAAGCUCUAAUAAAUGUGUUGAUAUUCUUAUGUUCAGAUCAAACAUAUCUUCUUGAAACCCUACGAAGAAAGUAGGCAAUCACUCUGCUCAGUUUCAUUAGUAUAAUUUAAAAAUUGCAUAGUAUACGGAUGGAUAAGUAUCUAUAAAUCUACAGAAAUAUAAGUGUACAAAAUAGAAGAUGAGUAUUCUCUUGUGCAUUCUUGAUUUUGGAUUAUGUUCCAGAAACCAAUAUAUUGAAUAUUGAAUAUCUCACUCCUUUUUUUUCAUGCUGUAAGGCUUGCAUGGAUCCUCAAUCAUAUGUGUAGUUGUAUAAAUAAUGUCAUAUGUAAUAUUUUCGUGGGUCUUUCUUCAUCAGUGUAUGUGUAAGAGGAUAUCUGGUUACUGAAACAACAGAAGAAAUGCAUAAAUGAGUUCAUGUUUUGGUCAUUCUUAGGAUAUUUUUUUAAAUUUAUUUUUAAAUCCCUCUCCUUAAUUAUUGACAUCCCUGGAAAAGAUAAGUACAAAACCUUAAAAUACUUUACUCAAUAUUUUAAAUCUUAUCAUUCUGACUAAAUAUGGGCAGGUGUAUUUAUUUUGUCCAAUAGUUAAAUUUAUUUAUAGACAGUUUUAAGAAUUUCAUUUGGUAAUUUUACACCAGCGUUUUGGUCAAAUUUAUUCUGUUUUUUUUUUUUCUUCCUUUUUUCAAGAAUGCAAUGUGAGAUUAGACAACAGAUAAAAUGUUUAUUUUCUGACUUUUUGUAAAUAUUUACCGGGGGUGUCAAUAAUUAAUUUUUACCAUAAAAAUUCCAAAUAUUCAUAUUUGGUUUAAUAAAUCUCAAAAGUGACUUUAUGACAAUCUUGCAUUUAAAUGUCAGUACAGAGCUUCAGCUUUGCACAAUAUUUGUUACUGCUUUUAGAAAGUAAAAUAUUUUGUCAUUAUACCGGCCUGUAAAGAGAUUUUUUUUUUUUUAAAAUAAAUGGUUUAUUACUAGAAUCCUUGUGUUGUGUUCAGUGAAAAAAGUGCAACACACGUUUGGAAAAAUUAAUUUAUAUCCCUUUGUAUUUUUUUUCUCCAUUGCAGUCACAACAUUACAACGUAAUAAAAUGGCAAAUAUAUAAAAUCAAACUCAAUACUGACAAUAGAUCUCUGUAUUGUGUUCAAAUUAGCUGUACAUAUCUUUUUAUCUUGUUUAAAAUCAUCUCUAUGUAGUCAUCUGUAUUACUGUAAAUCUUUGUCUCUUCACAGAUAAAUAGACUUUUAUUUUCAGGAGGUAUUGUAACAAAAAUAACACAUUUUCUAACUUUGGCCUCCUGGAGCCAUCAAAAAAAUAUUUUUCAACUCUUCCCCAGAAUGCCGCAACACCAUAGUGGACACAGAACAGAGGGACUAAAACCAGAGACGCCAUAAUCUGUCCUCUCUCCGUCUCAUUUGUGAUUGGUCAGAAAUAUUUGGUGUAAAUUAAAGGCAACCAUAAACUAUACAGUCUAUUGAUGCACCCCUUUCAACCUACCAAAGAAAAGGAAAAGAGAAAUAAAUUAGAAUAUUCCUGAAUGGUGUUCUGAUGUGCUGACGCAGGAGCAGUUUGAACACAUUCGAUGACGGUAGCCAUCUUUUUUUACACUGAAUUCAGAAGAGGCCAGACAGCCCACUCUUACAUUAAUAUUUUCCAAGUGUCGAACUAUGUAUUAUCAGUUAAAAAUAAUCUCAAAUAUGUUCACAUAUUUGGUAUCAUUCAGCCAUUUAUUUAGCUGAAUCAGGCCGCUAAGUAAAUGCUAAGCUAAUUUUUCCAGUGCCAAACUGUUAAUUAUUACAUUCAAAUGAAUUAAUCUGAAGACAUUCAGAUGGUUUUAUAUUAAGCUAAUAUGUCAAACAAUAUUUUUUGCUCCAAUGUAUAAUUUUUUAUUAGCUUAAGUCAAAAUUUUCUUAUUCAAUUUGCUAACAGGCUAUGUUGCUAUUUGGAAUCAAGCUAGCAAUUUUGUGCUAAGCUAAAGUUUCAAAGUGAUUUUUGUUUAAGUAUAAAAUUGUUUAUUAGCUUGAGUCUAACAAUUCCCCUCUCCAAAUAUCUGCACAUAUUUGAUAUCAAAUAUAUGUGAACAUAUUUCAUAACAUUCAGCCAAGUUAUAUUGAAACAUCCUGUACAGAGAGAAGCUAACAGUUGUAUGUUAAGCUAAUGUUUUCACCAAAUGUUUACUCAGGGUUUAAUUGUUUAUUAGCUUGAGUAGAGAUACUCUCCCCACAAAUAUGUGGACAUAUUUCACAACAUUCAGCCAUGAUUUGGUUAUUUAGUUAACCUCACAUGCUAAUGAUUUUAUGCUAAUAUUCCAAACAAAUUUCUGCUCUGACUAGGAAAACUUGCAUUCAAACCAUGGCUGUGGCUGUCUGGCCAUAACUUUUAUUCACCUACAGUUCUAAUAUCAGUGUGUGCUUAUACUAGAGACAACACAGAUGGCACAGGUUCCUACGAAACCACUUGUUGAACUGUAAUUUUUUCCUACUUUGACCUUACAUUCUGUAUAUUCUUUAAGAACAUUUACCAUCAGCUACACUUGAAAGGACCAUUUACGCAAACUAAUGGAACAUUGAUACAACUGAGGAGAGCUAGAAGUAGUUAUUUACAAUCCAAAUGCCAACCACGAGAAAAUAAAUGCUACUUUUGCACAUCAAAUUUCUAUAACAUUAAAAAAGCAUGACCCUGACAAA